CAGCAAUUCACUGAUUAAAAAAAAAAAAAAUACACACAGGACUAUCCCUAGGUUUUUCUGUGGGGCCUUUCCCCUCUGAAGGCAAUUUGGGAACAGGUCGUGGGGGUAUCUCUGUUAUCUCUGUAGAUAGGCAAAAUUGGAUUAGAAUCAAGAUUUCUGCUCUUAUCAGUCCAAUGGAAUCUAUAUGCUAAACCUCUAUGUCUUCAAGUCAGCACAAUGGAACUUAGGACUCAAGGAGAACCAGCUGCCAAAAGGGGGGAAAAAUCAAGAGCUGCUCUUAAAAGAAGUUGCCCUUGCUGGUGCUCAGGGUAAAAAUAGAGGCGGCCGCUCGGAACGGCUUGGCCCUGACUCCAGGCGUCCCGCGAGCUGGGCUCUUGCAGCGGCCGCGUUCCGGCGUGAUCCCAGGAAGCCGCCAGCAGGUGUUGCUCAAGAGAAUUUGCUGAAGAGGAGAAGGAAAAAAAAAAGCCAAAAAAAAAAUAAUAAAAACAAAAACCUGUGCGUGAGGGGGGAGGAAAAAAAGGGCCUUUUAAAAAGGCAAUCACAACAACUUUUGCUGCCAGGAUGCCCUUGCUUUGGCUGAGAGGAUUUCUGUUGGCAAGUUGCUGGAUUAUAGUGAGGAGUUCCCCCACCCCAGGAUCUGAGGGGCACAGCGCAGCCCCCGACUGCCCGUCCUGUGCGCUGGCCACCCUCCCAAAGGAUGUACCCAACUCCCAGCCAGAGAUGGUGGAAGCCGUCAAGAAGCACAUUUUAAACAUGCUGCACUUGAAGAAGAGACCCGAUGUCACCCAGCCGGUGCCCAAGGCGGCGCUUCUGAACGCGAUCAGGAAGCUUCAUGUGGGCAAAGUGGGAGAGAAUGGGUAUGUGGAGAUAGAGGAUGACAUUGGAAGGAGGGCAGAAAUGAAUGAACUUAUGGAGCAGACCUCGGAGAUCAUCACGUUUGCGGAAUCAGGCACAGCCAGGAAGACUCUGCACUUUGAGAUUUCCAAGGAAGGCAGUGACUUGUCGGUGGUGGAGCGGGCAGAAGUCUGGCUCUUCCUGAAAGUACCCAAGGCCAACAGGACCAGGACCAAAGUCACCAUCCGCCUCUUCCAGCAGCAGAAGCACCCGCAGGGCAGCUUGGAUGCGGGGGAGGAGGCCGAGGAAGUGGGCUUAAAGGGGGAGAGGAGUGAACUGUUGCUAUCUGAAAAGGUGGUGGACGCUCGGAAGAGCACCUGGCACGUCUUCCCUGUCUCCAGCAGCAUCCAGAGGUUGCUGGACCAGGGCAAGAGCUCUCUGGACGUGCGGAUUGCCUGUGAGCAGUGCCAGGAGAGCGGCGCCAGCCUGGUGCUCUUGGGGAAGAAGAAGAAGAAAGAGGAGGAGGGGGAAGGGAAGAAGAAGGACGGAGGUGACGGAGGGGCGGGAGCAGACGAGGAGAAAGAGCAGUCCCACAGACCUUUCCUCAUGCUGCAGGCCCGGCAAUCCGAAGACCACCCCCAUCGCAGGCGGCGGCGGGGCUUGGAGUGUGACGGCAAAGUCAACAUCUGCUGUAAGAAACAGUUCUUUGUCAGUUUCAAGGACAUCGGCUGGAAUGAUUGGAUCAUCGCUCCCUCUGGCUAUCACGCCAACUACUGCGAGGGUGAGUGCCCGAGCCACAUAGCAGGCACGUCUGGGUCCUCGCUGUCCUUCCACUCGACGGUCAUCAACCACUACCGCAUGCGGGGUCACAGCCCCUUUGCCAACCUCAAAUCGUGCUGUGUGCCCACCAAGCUGAGACCCAUGUCCAUGUUGUACUAUGAUGAUGGUCAAAACAUCAUCAAAAAGGACAUCCAGAACAUGAUUGUGGAGGAGUGCGGGUGCUCAUAGAGCCGCCCAGCCCAGGGGGAAGGGAGCGAGAGUUGCCAGAGAAGACAGUGGCAAAAUGAAGAAAUUUUUAAGGUUUCUGAGUUAACCAACCAGAAAAAUAGAAAUUAAAAAACAAAAAAAACAAAACAAAAACAAAACUAAAAACAAAACCUGAUGAAACAGAUGAAGGAAGAUGUGGAAAAAAAAAAAUCCUUAGCCAGGGCUCAGACAUGAAGCAGGGAAGGCGGCAGGGACUGGGGGCGGGGGAAGGGAGAAUGUGUACCCUUCAUUUCUUCCAAAAUCAAACUGAGGACAUCAGUUGUUUAAAUGGGGUCUCAUCCCCUCCCACCUUGUGGUUCUCUUGUGAGCCUUGAAUCAACUUGUGUAGUCUGAAGAGCGAGGACUGGCCCGAUCCAAAUAGCAUCUAGAAAGCCAUGAGUUUGCAAGGGUCCAUCACAAGCACUUCUCCACCCAGUUACCCAGGUCAUAGGUGUGUCUGCUUGACACUGUCUGUGUAUAUCAGCACACACACACACAGGCAUUUCCACAUACCAUACACACACGACUGGUAAAAGAACAAUAGUGUGCAGGUGGUCACACUUUCUUUUUCUGCACCACUUUCGCAACAAGACAGCAAAACAAACAAACAAAAAGAACAUAAAAAAAAUUGAGAACAAGAAUGGGAAGAGUGAAAGAUCAAGGAAAAAAGAAUGCCAAGUUACAUUUCGUUAAGGUGCUUAUGAUCUUAGAACUAUGCAACCUAAUAGGUUUGAAACUGUUUACCUGAGAGAGAACAAAAAGAGAGACUUUUUUGUAUUGGAAGUAAUCUGAUUAAUUUUUAUUUUCUUCAAGGAGAGAUACUUGAAAGGAAUAUGUUUGUCCAUCUGUUGGAUCCAAACAUUUCUAUAUUUUGUAAAUGUUGUUGUUGUUUUUUUUUUUUUUAUCGUUACUAUUUGCACUACAAUGGUGUUUGACCUGUCUAAUCCUUAUUUAACAAGUAUUUUCUUUGGGUGGGGGUGGGGGUGGGGUUUAAGAGCUGCACUUAAUGUGAGCUAUAAAAGAACUGCUACAGCACACAAAAUAGCUAUUUUUAUUAUUAUAAUUAUAAUUAUUAUUAUUAUUUUGUACCUUAAAAAAUAGACACAUACACCAAAGACAUUUGUGUGAGCCUUUAAACAGUCUGUCUGUGGUUGGUAUCAUUCACCAUCAUUGAGUCAGGGGUUGGGAUUAAGGCUGAGUAGGGUGGAUUGUGUUCAGGCUUAGAAGACCUGAGAAGUUUGGGUUUUGACUCCUUUUACAUCCAUGAAACAGGACAUUUCAUACUGGAUGUACAGUAGUUGUACACUGUUAGAUAUCAAGUUCAAUCAGAUUCAUGAAACUACAUGCUUGUAUGUGUAUAUAUACAUUGCUAGUGCACAUGCAUAUCUGUGUGUAUAUAUACAUGGAUUGUACCAUGUCCAUACACGUUUUAAGCACUUCAGCCUGUCAUUUUUUAAUGUUCUUAAAGCGAUGAAUGUUUGUGUGCAAAACACAGUAUUUUUAAGAAGGAUAGGCUAUAGUUUUUGCUUUUCCUCUGAACUUGGUGGGCACAUUUCAAAAAUCUGGAUGGGAAAAAGCCUGGAAAUUCCAGUGAAUAUUUUGCAAGGCCCUCUCUAAACAUACAGGGAUCAGAUUCCCUCCUCUUUCUUACCCCCCUCCCCUUCUGAAAGUUAUCCCCUGUGGGGAAAACAGGAUGUUAAUCAAAACUCUGGUUAACUCUGUUUUUUUUUUUUUUCACCAUAUAUUUAUUAUCUAUUGGAAUCAAUCUUAAAUCAGAAACUUUUUUGGAAAAAAAUAUCUUUAGGUCAGAAUAAAAGAGGUGAGUGUAUUUUUUUUUUUUUUUAAUUAAAGCCUGGUUGUGAGAAAUAUUACUUGUACCCACUGGGUUUGAUAAUGUAGUCACUAGUUAAAGGAUAUAUAAUUAGAGGAAAGGUGUGAAGGGAGUGAGAGUAGGAAGGGAACAGUUAAAUGGAGGCAGGGAUGAGGGCGGUAGCAAAAAUCUCUAAUAUUUUAACUGACAGCCAAAAUUCUUGAUGUAUGAGUUGGUAUGUAUUGAUUUAGGUGCAUAAAGGGAAAAAGGAAAAAAAAAUCCAACUUUGUUUAUAUAGAAGUACAUGCUUGUAGCUAAAUUUCUAUUUAAUUUAUUCUGUUAUUUAGCUUGCGUAGAAUAGCUAAUAAGUUAUUCAUUUAUGUGUUUUUAAAAAUACAGAGCCUUAUUUUCGCUGACUUGUUUGAAGUUUGAAAAAACAGUUGGAAAUUGAAAAAAAAUUAACAAUUAGGAAAAAUCACAUUCGUCAGUAUUUUGCAAACUAUUGAAGCUGAUAGCUCUUCAAUUCAUAGACUUUUAAGAAAUUGGUUAUAAGAAAACAAAGUAUCAGUGAGAAACCGAACAUUACAAAAGGUGGUUUAGCUCUUCUUAAAAAAUGUGUUAAGUCAGUAGACUAUAAUGCAAGGUUGUGUGUAGGCAAAUUCCUUUCAUGCUGUUACUGGGCAAAUGCACUUACUAUGUUCUGGAGGCCUGCCCUUUUUUAUGCAGGAAAUACAACACAUACUGCAUGAGAAGCUUCAGAGUGGAUUCUCAGGAAGGCCCAUUGAACCUUGGAUAGCUUGCAUGUGGAGAAGGUGGACGUGGAGAGGAAAGUUGUAGGGGAAAGUAGAUGGCCAUAUUCAACUUCACAAAUUUUCACGGAAAACUUUGAAGGCCUUUUGAACUGCAUCUUCUUUGGUACUGGAACUAAUACUGGAAUAAUCUAUAGAAAUUGAGGAGAUGAGUCUUAGUUCACUGUGCAAUAGCAGAACUGCUCAAGGCCAUGGAAGAAGAAUUUGUAAAAACCGAUGAUGCCCAUGUGUAGUCCCAUUCAUCUUCAAUAAAUCUAUCAUCUUUUUAAGUUCUUUAAGUAAGUUCUAGGCAGUUGGGGGGUAGUAUGGGGUUUGCUUAGGGGCCACAGUAAUUAGAAGCGGCAAAAUGAAAUCCCACAUGGCAAUAUUUUUAAGUGGACAUUAGGUAAUUGGGUUAUCCUAUACCUACAAACUGUAAUUUCAUUUCAUUACAUUUAUAUGGCCUUGAAAUAGAAUUAUAAAUUGCUACCAUCUUUAGUAAUAUUGAAAGAUAUUCUUUUACCACCUUUAAUAAUCUUGGAAAAUAUCACAGUGGCCCUGUGAACGGCCACUCUCUGACACAGCAGCACAAGACCGUGUUGGUUUCUUCAUAGUUUGAUUUUUUUCUGAAAUGGAGGUGUCUCUCUCUGAUCUUAUCAUCUCUCUACUCUUUCCCUAAGGCUAAUUCCUAGGCUGUUAAAAAUCUGUCCACACCAAUUUUAGAAGCUCUCUGAAAAGCAUUUGUCUUCAAAUAUCCUUUAAGAGUAAUAAACACUUUAUAGUCCAAAUAGGCAUUUUCUUCUUUUUUUUUUUUUUUCCAAAAAAGUAAGUGAAUUCCAGCACACUGAGAUGGGAUUUUCUUGUCUCGGAAGACCAGCCAACUUCAUAUUUAUUUAAGAUUGAUUCCACACUCCAUUUUCCAGGAGAGUCCCUGCAUUCUCCUCAAAGGUAGAGCAAGUACAUUUUUUUCACCUUUGUGGGAUUGGACUUCCUAAGAGAUGACUCUAAAAAACAGAGAACGCAGAUGCCUCGGUUGUAUUAAGCAUAGAUUCAAAUUAUCAUGUUCAUUUUAAAAAAUGAUUUCCUGUGGGCCUUUUGGCAACUUCCCUUUUCAAUGUAGAGAAAAACUUAGUCACCCUGAAAACCUACAAAAUAAAUGAAACUUGUAGAUGUGGGCAGAAGGUUUGGGGGUGGACAUUGUGUGUGUUUAAAUUAAACCCUGUAUCACUGAGAAGCUGUUCUAUGGGUCAGAGAAAAUGAAUGCUUAGAAGCUGUUCACAUCUUCAAGAGCAGAAGCAAACCACAUGUCUCAGCUAUAUUAUUAUUUAUUUUUUAUGCAUAAAGUGAAUCAUUUCUUCUGUAUUAAUUUCCAAUGGGUUUUACCCUCUAUUUAAAUGCUUUGAAAAACAGUGCAUUGACAAUGGGUUGAUAUUUUUCUUUAAAAGAAAAAUAUAAUUAUGAAAGCCAAGAUAAUCUGAAGCCUGUUUUGUUUUAAAACUUUUUAUGUUCUGUGGUUGAUGUUGUCUGUUGUUUGUUUUAAUUUUUAUUUUUAUUUUUUUUUUUUUGCAUACUAUAUGCAGUUCUUUAACCAAUGUCUGUUUGGCUAAUGUAAUUAAAGUUGUUAAUUUAUAUGAGUGCAUUUCAACUAUGUCAAUGGUUUCUUAAUAUUUAUUGUGUAGAAGUACUGGUAAUUUUUUUUAUUUACAAUAUGUUUAAAGAGAUAACAGUUUGAUAUGUUUUCAUGUGUUUAUAGCAGAAGUUAUUUAUUUCUAUGGCAUUCCAGCGGAUAUUUUGGUGUUUGCGAGGCAUGCAGUCAAUAUUUUGUACAGUUAGUGGACAGUAUUCAGCAACGCCUGAUAGCUUCUUUGGCCUUAUGUUAAAUAAAAAGAUCUGAUUGGGAUGUA